AUAAAGCCGCAGUUCACGUCUUUAGGGGGAGUUGAGCUCGAUGCCAUGGCAGAGCGCAGGUCCAUGCACGUGUCCGGCGGGAUCCUGGGUAUUUUUGGCGGCUGUCUAUUGCUUUUGGUGAACAACUAUGCCAGUGAUCCUAGAAGGGACUUCAUUCCCCUCACAGCUUUGGGGAUCUUGCUUCUCAUCAUUGCAGCUCUUAUAGCGUAUGCAGGUGUCCUGCACAGUCUGACUCACGCCCAGCUGUUUUCCACUCUGUGCCUGACUGUCUCCGCCCUGUGGUGUGGCUCAGGUCUGGUGUACAUCCUGGUCGGGCAGAAUGUGCUGAGACCAGAAGACCUCAGAUCCUCUUUAGUCCCUGGCCUGGCUGCAUUUACAUUCGCACUUUUCAUUAUUAGCGGUGUUGCUCUUUUUGUGAAGAAAACAGUUUUAUUUCUGAUAGGGACUGGCAUUUCUUUGGCAUGUGCACAUCAAAUCGCUGGUUUGACAGCUGCAAACUUUGGUCAUUCAGCCACGGCUGCCUGCCAUCUCCUUGUGUGUUUAGUUUGUGCCUAUUACGGUUUGGGCCAUGUGCUGUCGAGGCUCACUCAAGGUAAAGUAGAAGCUCCAAAAGCAGACCUGAAGCAAACAGCUGGACUCAAAACUGAACAACCCCAGGGGUGCACAGUUGCACUCAGUGUCGGUCUUGUGAUGAACUUGUUGUCCGCUGCUGUGUUAGUCUGUCCCUUGUUAGGUGUGGUUCCCUCUCUCUAUGUGGGCCAUGUUCCCUGGCUGUGGACAGCUGGAGUCUUCCAGUUUGGCAUGUGCAUCCUCUUUUACCGAGCUAUGGAUACACUAGCCGCCACUUUUUAUGGAUUUACGGCGCUCCUGAAAUUUGCAGAAGGCUACAGUGCUCUCCUGUCAUCUAUUCAGCCUUUCUCUCCUGUUCCUUUUCCUGUUGUCUUUUCAGUUCUUUUUUUCAUCCUGGCACUGUUCAGUUGUCAAAAAAACAUAGUAGAAGGGCUCUACCAGUUAUUUUUUGUUGCCUAUUGCAUUUCUAUUGCAGCUCAGCCUCAAGGUUUUUUCCAUGGAGGCCUUCAAGGAGUGCAGGGGGCCAUAUUUGUAGUUUCAGCUUGCAUGCUUUUAAUCACCACAUUCAACAUGGUCUCCAGCUCGACCAUUCCCACAGGGCAAAACGUUUUCAAAGCUAUAGUAAACAGGAUUCAGAGCCUUACUCUCCGAGCUCAGGAUAAAGAGCUGCACACACCUCAUCUGGGUUACUCUAAGUAUGCAGAUGCAGAGGUGUUGGGUCACGCCUGCAGCGUUUUGGCUGCUUUUGCCAUGACAGCCACCAUUGGGAACAGAGAUCCUCUGUCUGUGUUGAUUCUGCCCUGGGUGGUGAUGGCGGGUGGGGCUCUUCAGCUGCUGUGUGGUUCGGUAGCAUUCGCUCGAGGUAAAACCUUCGAGAGCACCGUAUUCAUUCUCUACGGGAUGAUGUGGACGGUAUGGGGCUUGACGCGCUAUGGAGGUUUAUACGGUGAAACUAGAGGCUUCCACGUGGCUGUAGGUAUCAUAAGCUUCAUGUUGUUUAAUGGCUUAGUUACGGUUGCUGCACUCUUUCUAAAUGUCACCUGGUUCCUUUACGCCCUCUCCUUUGAGCUCAUCCUCAUCAGCUUCCUCUUGGAUGCAGUCAACGCCCUACCUUACGGAUACGACAUUGGAGUCACAAUUAUCUUUGGCCUCGUCAGUUUUUACUGUUUCUUGGCGCACAUUUUCAACAGUACCUUCCAGUCUCCCCAAAUCCCUUUAGGCAGAGCUUUAGUCAAACUGGGUGGUGUAGGAGGAGGGGCAGAUGUUUGUCCACAUCUUCCAGCCAGAAAAGCCACAUCUGUCCAUCAGAUAGCAGAAAUCAUGAAAAAUGGCGGCAUAUGUGGAAUGCCAACCGACACUGUCUAUGUGCUGGUAGCAGCCUGCAACAGGCCAGACGCUGUGGUCAAAGCAUACCAGGUGAAAAAGCAGGCUGAGGACCGACCCAUGUCCAUGUGGAUCUCUUCCAUCAAGCAGCUGGAGCCUGCAAGACACGUGCUGAGCCCUCUGCUACUCGACUUCAUGGAGGCUGCAUGGCCAUCCUCUAUUAGCAUGGUCAUUCCCAGAGGCCCCUGGUUGGGCAUACUUGGUUUGGAAGAUGCUGCUAAACACAUCGGAACCCCACAAAGCAUCGCCAUCAGAAACCCAGACUGUUCAGUGGCCACUCAUCUCAUAAAUUUGGUGGGCCCGAUAGCUGUGACCUCAGCCAACCCAACAGGCGAGGCGGACACAACUCAUCAUAACCAAGUUUAUGCCAAACUGGGAGACAAAGUGGACGGGGUGCUGUGUGAUGGACCGUCCCCUGAGAACAUUGCAUCUACUGUGGUUGACUGCACCAAGAUUGAAACUGGACACAUUGGUUUCUUUAGAGUAGGACUAAUUCCCAAAUCCAAGGUUCUUCAGAUUUUUGAGGAGGUACAGAACCGCCACAGACAAGGACAGGCGAAUCCUGCUUUCGAGUACGACACAGUUACACCAGGGACCGAAACUGUGCCGAGUCAAGAAGAGGAGGUCACAACAGAGUCUGGAAGAGGAACUGGAAGCUCAACACCUUCCACCAUAUCUUCUCUAGAAAGUUCAGUUAACACAAAUGAGCCUUUGUAGCCCUGUUUCUGUUUAAAAAUCCUGCUAGUAAACUAAAAUAAAUGGUUUAUAACAUGAAGGACAUACACAGUUUCUAUAUGAAUAAAAUGCACACAUUAGGAAGGAGCCUUUUAUACUAAAUGUCAUUUUUACUUGUAUUGCGUGUCUUUUAUCUGAUUGUAACUGCUUGGAUAUUAUUUGUAUGAAAGUGUUUUAAAUUUUUGAAUUGUUUUUUUAAACAUAUUUUUGUUCACUUUGUUGCUUCAAUAUAUGACCACAUUUGUAGAUUUCUCAUUAUUGAACUUACUGAUUCUUGUGUUUUCUAAUGAGUUUUAUAAAUGUAAUAUAAACCAUGCUCAUGUUGUCUAUAAUGUUUGAGUUUCAAAUUAAAUAAUAAUAUUAAAAUUAAUCAAAAAUAUUAAAACAAAUCAAGUUCAAGCAACAUCA